CGCUUUGUGAUUAAAAAAUGGUUUAAAACCCAACGAGUUGACAUCAAAGAGCAACUUAACCAUGGAAUUCGUUAUUUUGACCUUCGAACGGCCUCUGACCCUUUUGACAAUGAGCUAUAUUUUGUCCAUGGUUUAUAUGGAGAUAAAAUACUUACCAUGUUAAGAUCAAUAAGAGAUUUUCUCCAUUCUAAUGAGCGGGAAAUUGUUUUCCUUGAUUUUCAACAUUUCCAUUCGGUAUCACAAGCUCAACAUGUUACCUUGAUUAACAAUCUCAUUCAAUUACUCGGCAAUAAGAUAUGUCCUUAUGUUAAAUAUCGACGACUCGAUGAAUUAACUUUAGCUGAAAUGUGGGCCAAAAGAUAUCAAAUAAUAAUCGUCUAUCGAAAUGAUGACCUUUCUGCCCGAUACAACGAACUUUGGCCUAGUACCAUGUUACCAAAUCCUUGGGCUAAUACAGCUUUACCUUCAAAGUUGAUCCUCUAUUUAUGGAAUGGCUUUUCUAAUCGUCCGUCCGAUACUUUCUUUGUUCAUCAGGCCAUUUUGUCUCCGUCCAAAGCUUUGGUAGUUCGAAACAUUUGUAAUAACCUUUACUCUCGACUCUCCAAAACUGGGAACCAGAAAAUUGAAGAAUGGCUAUUGGAAGUUAAAAAGACCAAUUUUAAACCAAACAUAAUCAUGGCUGAUUUUGUUGAUUAUAAUGAUUAUAUUCUUGCCAAAAGGACAAUUUUAAUUAACUACGAUUACCUUGAUCAACGUUAA